CUCGAGGAUAGCUGGGGAUAGGCCACAAUGCAAGUUCAACACUCAGAAACUGAAGGACACAACCACAAAAGACACUUUCACUGCAACUGUCAGAGCAAAGCAGGAAACACUACGCGACAUCACUGAAGAAUCAUGCGUGGAAGAACAUUGGAAGUCUCUGAAGGCGAUUCUCAACGAAACGUGUUCAACGGUUCUAGGAAGAAAGAAGAGACAAGACAAGGAAUGGCUCUCAACGGACACUUGGAAAUUAAUAGAAGAGAGGAGAAUGGUGAAAGAGAAAAUGAUUCAAUGCAAGGACGGACAGGAGAAGGAGACGAUGAGCUCAACUUACAAAGCACUGGACAAAGAAGUGAAGAAGAGUGCUAGGAAGGACAAAAGACGAUUCUACGACAACCUCGCC